AUGUAUAGCAAGCAGCCUUAUACCGGGUAUGCUGUGGCGUGGAUUGCCCAGGCAAACACUCUCUCACUGGCUCAUGUCACCCCUGGGCGGCUGCAAAUUAGCAAAACGGAUAGCCGAGUUGCACGAAGAGCAAGUCCAAUCACUAAGAUCCAGCACUUUCUUUGUGGUCGCCGGCGAUCGAUCUUGGAGGGCUUUGACCCGAGGCGGCGCGGGUGCUAA